UUCCAAACAUGGUGUUGGUCUCUGCCAUGUGGUCUGUCCCCACCCCUUACUGUUUGCUGAAACGAGCUCCUUCUCACAAGAAGAGUCCAACGUAAAGCGGAGCUUUUGUUGUUGUUGUUGUUGCAGGUGUGUAAACACCAUGGAUAGUACUCGCUCAUUUCAGACGUUUUCAUCGUCGCUGCGGAUAGUGGAAGUAGGCAGCGUGGUAAAAACAUCUCCUCUCGUCUUUGUGUAGCUGAAGGGCGACUUUCUGUCUGUACCACUAUUCUACAAAGGAACUGUUUCUGUCUCAGGCUGUUCAUCAGAUUGCGGUCUGCAGAGAUCCCAAAUGGCUGGAAUGGAGGAGGAGGAGGCCCAGGGCUUCCUGAAGAAGCUUGUGGAGGAAUUCCCUGUUGCUCUGGAAGAAGACGCUCCUUUGCCGAUCAGCUUCCUGAGUCGGAGAGUUUCACUGGAGGAGCUGCAAGGAGAGAGCCUGGAGCUGGGCCAGAGGCUGCUGGCUGCUCGGGGAGCUCCGUCAGGCCUCAGGGUCCUCCUCUGCCAAGCAGCGGUCACCCACCUUCUGAAGGACGACCUGUCUCCGUUUCACUGUCCGCAGGAAGCUCAAGCAAAACUGGAAGAUGAGGAAAAUGUUGUCUUGCUCGAGUCGGAAGCAGUCCAGCGGCUCUUCCUGAACCAUCUGAUAGAUGUAGCACUCAGAUGGAACCAGGAGCUCCCCUCCUGUCUUCCUCCUCCCAGCUUUSAGUGUUCUGUUCAUGCUAUCAAGAACACAAGGAGGAAGAUGGAGGACAAGCAUGUGGCGCUGACUGAAUUCAACCAGCUCUUCGGCAUUCAGGAUGGAGUAGAGCGGGCCUACUACGCUGUGUUCGACGGUCACGGGGGAGUGGAUGCUGCCAUUUACGCUGCCACUCACCUCCAUGUUAUUCUGAGCAAACAGGAGACGCUGCAGAGUAACACCAGCAUGGCUUUUAAAACUGCCUUCAAGAACACAGACAACAUGUUCAGACGCAAAGCCAAGAGAGAGCGUCUGCGGAGUGGGAGCACAGGAGUGGCCGUGCUGAUUCACGGCCAGCAGUUGACCGUGGCUUGGCUCGGAGACUCUCAGGCAAUGUUGGUUAGAAAKGGACAGGUUGUCACACUCAUGGACCCCCACAAACCCGAGAGAGAGGAUGAAAAACAGAGAAUAGAAGAUCUUGGGGGUUGUAUCACCUUCAUGGGUUGCUGGCGAGUUAAUGGCACCUAUGCUGUCUCCAGAGCCAUCGGCGACUUCGACCAGAAGCCGUAUGUGUCUGGGGACGCUGAUUCUUCAACCAUCCAGCUGUCGGGGGACGAGGACUAUGUGCUGCUAGCRUGUGAUGGCUUCUUUGAUGCCAUCACACCUUCCGAGGUCCCAGAUCUGGUUGCUGAGGCGCUCCGGGGUGCUGAYGACUCUGAGACUGGAGGGAGUCUUCCACCGGAACACGCUGAAGAUGGAGUGGGAAACAGAGUUGCUGAGAGAUUGGUAGGUGAUGCCAAGGCGGCAGGGUCCAGCGAUAACAUCACAGUGAUGGUGGUGUUCCUGCGUCCACCUGGCCAGCUGCUGGCUAACACAUAAACCCAGCUGCAUCCAGAGGAAAGAAACCAUGCAGCUCGCCUCAGGACACACUCAGCCCUCUGCAGGCAGCCAGACUAACCCAGAAUCCUCACAUCUGACAUAUCCACAGCUAAUAUCUGUGCUAGACUGGCACAUGACUURACUUUUUACUCAAGAAAUCAUGCAAAUCCAGUGUUAUAUGAACUUAUGUGCACUCUAAGUGGAAAUUAUUGUGGAUAUCAAAAUAUACAUAGUCCUGUGGAA